AUGGGAAUUUUCGAGUCUGUAGAGAUAGCGAGUGAGCGAGGUGGUUCUUGGGUAUGGAAUACAACCCCUUUGAUGUUCGAGAUAAGUGAGGUAGUCCGCGAAGUGCGAGGAGUGCAAGAAACAAAAGAGGUCAACAAUAUAAAGCAGGCACACGAGAGAGAAGAAGGGGGCCUAGAUGGGGUUACGGUCCGGGUGGCAAUGGUUUUUCUCGUCUCUCGAACCAUAUUCUUUCAAGAGACGCCCAAGAGCAAACAUAAUAGAAUUCAAUACGCAAAUGAAUCUUCGAGGCAGUCGAUACAAAUGAGACAACAGAGAAUGGCCAGAGAAAGAAAAGUGCGUCAGUUAGCCAGUUUGUCAGCCAAAAGAGAUGAAGACGAGAUAAGACAAGGGACGUUAUCGGCGGUCGAAAGAGAUUGA